GAACAUAGACUAAUCAUUUAAAGCGUGACUAAAUUUAAAAAUGGCUGCCAACGGAAGAAAACAUUGAAAAGUCUCACCAAAUCAGGGAAAUAUUAUAUGAGAUACCAAAUCAAUUAGACGAGUCAACAAGAAUGGGAACUCAAGGUACAACUAAAGUUGUAUUUUUAAUUGACAGAAAUUGUGGAUCCCAGGAUGAGAAUGCAUUUGCGGUGAUCAAGUUGGCAGUGUUGAAAUUACUGACACAUUUUUCGUGCAGAGAUGGCACCGUCAACGAAAAACGGCGAUGGGGAUAUCGCAUUUUUGAUUCAACUAAAGAGUGUCAAAUGUAUAAGAAAAGAGCGAUUUGGUUGCAGUACAAGUAUAAGCAUUUCCAAGGUUUUGAGGAGCACCUUGAUGAGAAUAUUCCACCUCAAAGGGUCAAAACAAGAAGCAAAACAACGCAACAUCGUUACGAUAAUAACGGUAGCUGCAGCGAGAAUGGGAGUAGUGGUCCCCGGAGGUUAACCCCAGCAAGCGAGCAAGCUUCCGAUGGCGAUCAAUCGCCAGCUGUACUAGUACGUGCAACCUCCGGUUUUGGCAACAUUGCCGACGAAGGAGGCGAGGACACAAGUUCGGCUUACGCUCUUCGAUUUGCAUUGCAAGAUGUAAUGCAUGACUUCCAGUGGGAAGAACCAGACAUGUGUUCUCCAAUGAAAUCAUCUCGAGCUCGCUCACGACAUCGAAGAAAAAAGAGAGAGAACCCACGACAUUCUGCUUCUCGCAUACAAACCAGUGCAAUGAUAAGUGAUGGCCGACAGAAGCACAGGAGGAAAGAGAAAAUGAUUUUCCUUGCUAUGCGGUGUCCACCUUCUAUGAAAAUUCUUGAAGAAUUUGUUGGAGAUGCUACAAAGCUAAACUCUGCUUUUUCUCUGCGUGAUACGAUUGUUACAAAAGAGUUUAUUGCAGACUUUUGUGGAGAGCAAAAUGGAAGCAUUUUCUGGCUCAACACCAACAUGACACCACCAGGAAAACCCACACUUGAGCUUCUGAACGGGAUGCUGAGUCACAUGGGAGGUCAGGUGAUAUCUCUUGGUUGGCUGAUGAGCAAUGGAAGUCAUUUGACAUCCUGUCUUCAUUCGCUGCAAGCUACACAACAGGCCUUAGAGGAGAAAGCAGCAAGCAAGGCUGGAAAGUCUGAGGGAGAUCAAGAAAAGGGAGAAAAUGACCACCCAGAAAAAAAGAUUCCUGUUCCCAGAAAUUUGCUUCCUCUGUCCAUCAUCAUUGAUCACUUCCUGAGGUCAAAUGUUGUGUCACAGCCUGGGAUUGGAGACAUUAACCAUAAAGAGACAUUCCAAGCCGUUUUAUGCUCUAAGACAGGAGACGCCACUUCCAAACACUGCGUGCUCAGGAUGAUGCCAAUGUUCACAUCAAAAAGUGAUUGUGCUCCUGAAAAAUCGUUAAACCCUGGCUCUUCUGAGACGUUUGUCAUUCACAGCACAGAGGAGAUUAGGACAACAAAGAGAAAGAUGACCAGGAACCAAUCAAACAACUCCAUUGAGCAGGCUUCCACCAAUCAGAGAAGGGCAUUCAGUCUUGAGACUGGUGAACAGACCGCUUCUCAGGCACCAUCCAAUAAUGCAACUGGAGAACAGUCACCUGAGGCUCGCACUGUUAUCAUCAGAACAAAGAUCGAUCAAAGGCAGUUUGAUUUUGGUGCAUUUGAUUCCUCCAGCACAUAUUCCUGUAUAGGGUACGAUUUAAUGAAGAGGAAUAGUGAUGAUGAUGAUGGUACCAGCAAAGUUAGGAAUGAUGGUCGGCAGUCCAAGUGGUUCCAGGAAGCAAUGAUGAACUUGAGUCAUCAAAGGAUGUCUCUGAUUAUUGAACUAUCUUCAUCCAGUUCUUCAUUGACCACUCUUGGUAUCUUGGAGCCUUUGACCCCCGCCAUGGCUUCAAUCCAUCUUCUCCACCCCAAGUCCAUCAUGCCACUGGCCACCACACUUGCCUUUCAGUCCAUCCCUGUAUCAACGGGAAAGGGACCUGCAAUUACAUCAAAGGUUAAGCGCAUCGUAGAAAAGUCAGCAGAAGCAAUUAUGGGCUGUGGGAGGGCUGAUUUGCAUUCGAGCAAGAAGGUGACAGAGAAUGAGGAGACAUCCACUGCAACCGAAACCGACACCAGGAUACCCGAUGAAUUGAGUCGCAUUGACAGAGGUCACCAUGAACCAUUCCAUGCCAGCUGGCUUGAACCUUGGCAUAUCUCUGCUCCAUCGAGAAACACAUGCGAUCAAGUUGUUGAGCAACUCUUGAGUUUUCCAGAUGACAAACGUUCCCCAGGACUCCGUAAGAGACAGUUAGUCGCUGUUUAUGAAGCAUUUUUCAAGCAACUUGACUACACCAUGAAGGGAACGACUGAAUUCACCAGUCCACUUUCCAAGCCAGUACCUGAUGAACAGUCCAAAAAUACAAAAGAUCCAGCCGCAGUGAGACAGAGUCCACGACUGAAGCGUAUGAAGAGCACGCCAAGCUAUGUUGGUGCCAGGACUGCUAACAUCAUGGCUAACAGUCGUAAACUCCAGGCUAGCAAACCCAAGGUUGUUGUCAAAGACAAGAAGAGCACCAUACUCACCAAGAAAAAGAGUGACCCUAUUCCAGUCAAACUACCAGAUGUUUCAUCAGUUGAAGACUUGACCAAGCAUUUGAAACAGAGCUACCAGGAUGUAUUAACUCAGAAUUCUUGCCCACUGCGGUUCACCCAGUCUACUGUGGCCAUUGUCCUUCACUUCUACAAGACAUCUCAGCAAACAAACCAAGAAAACAGCAUUUCUAACAUGAGGACCCUUAUCACAGACACCCUUCUCCUCACCAACAAGGAACUCAGAGAACGCUAUGCCCAAUGUAGCAACGACUCUGGUGACCAAGAGAUCAGGUUUCACGAGGCCGAGAUGCAGAUAUUGCUGCGGCUGGAGAUGGAGUCGGUAGAACCCUCGGACAUCGCAGCCUUGAAAGAUAGGGAAAAGAAGGAGAAGGAAGAGAAAGAUGAAGAUGAUGAAGAUGAUGAUGGAAUAGAGUUACCAGAGGCUCUACAAGACUCUGUGGAUGAGGUUGUUCAUCUGCUUGAGACAGUACCAAUCUUGGCCUCUGCAGACAAGCUUACUGCUCUGUUGACUGAUGUUGUUCUUGCUAAUUAUGCAGAGACCAUUCCCUACAUGGUGCGUGCCAUCUACGAGGGUCUGGUGAAACCAGUGCCUUCGGUGCUGUUUUCUCCGAGUAGCGAUACAACAGGUGUACCCUCUCACAAGCAGCCUGCAUCCUAUAGGUCCGUCAGCUCCGGUGGCUCUCUCAAUACCCUGGGAUCAAACUCAAACAGGUCAAGAGCUCUCGUACGCCAUCCCAGCAUUGCGGAUGCGGCACCCAAACGCAUCAUUGGAGUUCCUGCAAGACGAAUGCAAAAUGAAAAGAAAAAGGUUGACGCUGCUGAGAAAAAGAAAAAGGAGCAAGACAACACGGCUAAGACGGUGAAAAGAAAUCUCUUCAAUGAUGAUAGUCCAGAUGUCAGUAAGCUCACUAGAAGAAACUCAGUGGCAGUCAUGCAGACUCACACAGCAAGGAGAAGCCCCCGGAAAUCAGUGCGUAGCAGUCAGAUUGUACUUAAGACCAAGGUUGUCAAGGAAACACCUGGCAAGAAACAAGUCCUGAAGGCGAUGCUUAACAAACUUGACAGAGCAAGGAGGAGGAGUAAUAGUAAAGAGAGGGGAGCACCUGAUCCAGGUAACAUGUUGGUCAUUGAAGAAUCUCCAGAGAAACCUGUCAGCUCUAUCAAGCCAGAUGUCAGACGUAGCCCUCGUGUUCACAGCUUGAAACGUAGACCUUCCUUCUACAAGAAGCAAGAGAUGCAUCGGGCCAAGCUCCUUGGUGCCAGGAUAGCUGGGACAAGCCCACCUGCAGUAGCCCUCAAAGAACCACCUCUGUCAGAGAAAAAGACAGAACACACAAAGAUCAAGUUAUCCCCAGCCACUUUCCUUCUAAGUGCCAUUACAAGUCCAAUCUCUAAAGCUCCAGAUGUGAAAAAUUCACCAGCAAGGGUAGAUUUUGAUUCGCCAAGUCGGAAUACAAGGUCCAGGACAGGUGCGACCCCUGUAAAGGCAGUAGGUGACAGUCCUGAAAGGAGUGCCCCGAGGGUAACACCUCGUGCCAAGGCAAGGAGGCGCUUGAAUGAUGAGCUGUUGAAGGGUGAUGCAAUGAAAAGUCCUGUCAAGGAUCUUUCUGCUGUUCCGAGUUCGCUAUCUGAGACGCCAUGUAAGAAACAGGUGGAAGAAAUAUCCAGUGGAGACAGACAAUCCCCAAGGCUUUUGAUAAAGGGUGGAUCAGGAGGCAAAGAGGGAGACAGAAGAGGAGAUUCUUCAGCAUUUCAUGACGAAGGUAUGAAGACAGCUACCAGACACAGUCCCAGAAAAGCCUUCAGAAAGAUUCCCUUUGGUAGCACUCAGGAUACUAGUCGGUUGAAAGACAUAAUCAAUCCUGACCCAAUAGGAAGAGGAGCCGAACUGCUUGUUGGUGCAACGGGAAAAGAAUCGAGCAGCCAAUAUUCUGCAAAUGAAUCAGCUUUUCAAGUACAACUCGAUAAGAUUGAGAAAAAUGACGCACAAGGAAUCAAUGUUUCUGGAAUUCAUGAUGGAGAGCCAUCGCAGGUUACUUGGUUUGACAAGCUUAAAGAAUGCUCUGGAGACAAGGAACAGGAGAUGGAUCAGGGCAAUGUGAUUGAAGAUAAAGUGAGAAGCACUCCUUGCAAAGAGGAUCUUGGCACACCUCCAAUCAAACGAAGACGUUCCAGAAGGGACACAUGUACUCCUCCCUAUGUUCCUGUGUCUAAGUGUGCCACACCAGAGAUUAUUAACAGUUGGCCUCGAAAAAAGGUCAGGUACAACACUCCAUCUCCUUGCACCAGCAAAGUACUGAGCUCUUGUGAAAUCUCACCAAUCACCAAAGUGGAGGAUAUCGUUUCAAAUUUGACUUCACCUCGUACAAGACGAAGAACACCUCAGUCCUCCUCCAAACAGAGUGGAAGUGGAUCUGGGAGGAAACGCAAGAGGCAGUCACCAGGUGUCACCUUGAGCGAGAAGAAACAACGCCUGUCUUCUGGACGUUCCAAGAACUCUCCAAGAGCAAAAGGAUCCCUACUGAGCAUGCUAACCCCAAAACAUAAUCUAGAACAGUGCUGUGUGUCACCUGUGUUUGGCAAAGCAUUAACCAGAACUACAUCAAGCCCCCAGAAGUUGUCAAAGCCUUCAGGAAGCAAGGGCAGCAUGAGCAGUGGGGAAUCUUUGGAUGAUCUAGAUAGGAGCUUUUCUCCCAUAUUUGGUAAGAGUCUAGUCACCAGCCCAAAUGUUCCCUUAAAGACAAAUGAAAAGGAUACUAAUCAGCAGAGAUUGCCCAUGUCAUUUAUUGAUAAAGGAUUAGACUCGGAUGCAGACACUGAUUCUGAGAUUGACUUCCCCAAGCUGAAGUCCAGUCAAGGCUCUGUAGGUAAUUUAUCUGACUCGGAGAUGGCUUCGAUGGUUGACAGAGCAGCGGAAUUAACCAAUGAGAAUGAGGAAGCAGACAGAUUAUCAAAGAGACACUUGCAGAAAAGUAUGCAUGAAAACAAGGACAUUGGUGAUUCCAGUCAUAAGAAGCUUCGGAAGAGGAAUUUAUCUCAGAUGUCUCCUGAUCAAAAGCCACUAGAGAAACGGCACUCUUCUUCAAGUCAUGAUAAGAUCAUAGAUGAGAGAGAGUUUUCUGAUGAUAAGUUGCUUGAAAGCAGUAAUGUUGGGAAGGCUAUUAGAAAACGGAGGUCAUCAGAAAAGCAAGAACCUGCUAGCAAGCUAAAACAAAAUAUCACGAGUGAAGAAACAGAAGUGAAAGACCCCAAACCUGCAUUGCAAAGUUCAGCUGAAAGAGUUCCUGAUGUCAAACUUCUUGAAGACUUGGAAAAUACCAGACCCAAGGCACCUCCUAAGAAGAAGAAAAGGGUAACCUUACAGACAAGGAUUUCUUCUUCUUUGGGUCGGCGUCAAUCAACACCAUCUAGGCUCAGUAUGACCUUGAAGAGACCAAGUGCAGGAGCGAACUGGACAGUGACCAAUUCCCCUGAAUUGGCUUCUCGUAUGGGAGCUUCAGAGGAUUUCUCACUCACAGCAAGUAGCCUGUCCUCUGCCGAUGAUGAUGUCUUCGAGCAGAGCAGCAUGGUAGCGGGUCCAUCACCACCUGAUGUCUCUUCCACCCCUCCUACACAGUCGGGCAAAUCCAGCUUCGUGACCACACCCCUCUCUACUACAGGACUGUACUCUCUCAUGAACUCGCCUCUUUUGGCUUCUGGGAAUCGAAGGUCUACCACAGGAACACCCAAGAGAAUCAGGACCAGUCGUACUUCCAGGCGGAACUUGCCUCUUCAGUGAUGAUGACCCAUGAACUCAGUCGGGCAAAUCCAGCUUCGUGACCACACCCCUCUCUACUACAGGUCUGUACUCUCUCAUGAACUUGCCUCUUUUGGCUUCUGGGAAUCGAAGGUCUUCCACAGGAACACCCAAGAGAGGCAGGACCAGUCGUACUUCCAGGCGGCACUUGCCUCUUCAGUGAUGAUGACCCAUGAACUCAGUCGGGCAAACCCAGCUUCGUGACCACACCCCUCUCUACUACAGGACUGUACUCUCUCAUGAACUCGCCUCUUUUGGCUUCUGGGAAUCGAAGGUCUACCACAGGAACACCCAAGAGAGGCAGGACCAGUCGUUUUUCCAGGCGGCACUUGCCUCUUCAGUAAUGAUGACCCAUGAACUCUUCCCUGGUCGCAGGUUCUGGGAAUCAAAGGUCUGCCACAGGUUCCCAAAGAGAGGCAGGACCAGUUGUACUUCCAGACAGAGCUUGCCCCGACAGUGACCAAUGACUCUCCAAUCAUAGAUCUUCCGUAGGCACAGCCUACAGACAAGUCAUACUUCUUGACAGAACCUACCCGUUCUGUGAUUACUGAUUCACUUCCUACACAUAUCAUCCAUGAAUCGCAAAUCUGCAAUGGCUACACCCUCAAGAGGUAGGGCCAGUUGCACUUCCAGAUGGAACUUGCCUUUUAUGUGAUAAAAUCUGUAAUCUCUCACAGAUCUUUACACAAGCACAACCGAGACAGAUACUCCUAGAUACAUACUUCUAGAUAGAACUUACCCCUGUGACUACUUACAUGCAUGCUUGGAUCAUCUCGGAAUCACUAGUCUUCCAUGGGUACACCCUGAGAGAGCCCAGACCAGUUGUAUUUCCGACUAAACUUUUCUGUUCAGUGAUGAACCAUAAACUAUCCCCUCUGGAGCAUGUCAUCAGCAUUUCUCAUCUGACAUGUCAUAUCUGACAACUUUCCUUGAUUUUUAUUGGCUGAGAAGUACUCUUUCUGUGGAAACUGUCUAACGUAACACAUUCCUUCCAUACACAUACAAUGUAUCUAUCAAGUUCUACUAUCAACUGACUUUUAGUUGCCAAUUUGUUGGUUGAUUCAAAAAGUUGAAUAUCUAAUUUUGACAUGUGUAUCAUCUAAAUUUUACAAUGUGCAUUAAUGUCAAUGAAUAUUUCUGACUUUGAAGAACUUUUGUAAACAGCUAAUUAGACCGAUUCAUGCAUGUCACUUGUCGGUUUGUGUUUAUUGCAACCUAAAAUUCAUGAUUCUUUAUCCAAGAGAGUCCGUACGUUUUCAGACUACAAACUUUUAUUUUGUGGGCAAAAUAGCAAAGUGAUCAUUCAUUCAAAGUCAUAUUGUUAUUUGCUUUAUUAUGUAUUUUAUAUGUUACCAAAUAAUACAGAAUUUGCAUUUUAGGAAAACAUUAAAAAGAGCUAUGCAGAAACAUGUGAAUGAUCAAUGAGCUUGAGAAUGCCCAGUUCAAUUCUUUCCUUGAAAAUGUUGAGCACGAAUAUCCAGUUGCCUAAUCGAAAGGGUAAUUUUUUUCCAAUUUCAAUUUAUAUUUAUUUAUUCAAAGAUUUUAAACACAGAGUAUUUAAACACUACACAAAACAAUUGCAUUGAAACGGACACAGAAUGACAUGACAAAUCAAAAACUUAAAAAUGAACUGAUGAAAAGAAUAUCUACUAUAGAUUGUAAAUCUUGUAAAAAGCAUACAACUAAUGCAAAUUUAAAUGGGACUGAAAAGAGCACCAAAAAAAAAACACCUAAAAAUAUUAGUUCAUGAAACUAAAAAAGUAUAGGUAAGGAUUAAUUAGCUAUUCAAAUUAGUAACAAAGCUUCACCAUAUUUGCCUUUUUACUUGUGUGUCUCCCUGAGUCAAACUGAUUACAUGUUCAGUUGAGGCCAGAAGUUUACAUACACGCAGGAAAUUCAAAGAAAAGGUGACACUUGCCAAACUUACCAAAUUUGCCAGAUUUACAGUAUCUUAUGAAAUAUUUGUGCUAUCAUGACGAAUUUGAUAUCAAACAAAUGAGUAUGUCAUGCCCCUUCAUCACAUUGCUGUGUCAUCAGAAGCUGAAAAAUAUUUAGGUGUCAUUUUUUCACCUAAAAUCUAAAUAUUCUAGACAAAUUUGAAAUAAAAACUUGACAAAAACAUUUCAUAUUUGUGCUAGUUACUUCUCAACACAAACAUUUAAUAUAAGUCAUAGAUUUGACAUUAACAUAUUUCUAUGAAACGAUGUUUGCAAAUAUAAUAAACAAUAAUAUUUUUUUCUUCAAAGAAAAUUCCACCUGAAAGCAGCAUCCAAAUCAUGUCAAAGAGCUUAGCGCGCUCUUUCAUUGAAACUAAAUUAGUCACAAUGGUAUUUAUAUUUCUGAAGAUGUAGUAAAUUUUACAAUGUUUGGCAAGCGAAUAUAUUUCACUGAAUUCCAUGGGUGUAUGUCAACUUUUGGCCUUAACUGUAUGUAGUGUGUACAAUUGUAAGUUUGCCUUCUUGUAAUGCAUAUUGUGUUUGUAUAUUAAGCAUGUGGUAUUGUUUUUAGGUAUAGUCCAGUAGAUUAGAGGAAAUGAUAUCAGCAAAUUAUUUGAAAAGGUAUGUACAGUAUUUUACACCUUUGAAUGAAUGAUAAAGAUAAACAAUAAAAACUGAUACAUUAUA